AUGGGGCAUGAAAUGCAGGAGCAGCUGAAGUGCGUGGUCGAUGAAAUGAAGGGACAGCUGAAGUGCGUGGUCGAUGAAAUGAAGGGACAGCUGAAGUGCGCAGUCGAUGAAAUGAAGGAACAGCUGAAGUGCGUGGUCGAUGAAAUGAAGGAACAGCUGAAGUGCGUGGUCGAUGAAAUGAAGGAACAGCUGAAGUGCGUGGUCGAUGAAAUGAAGGAACAACUGAAGUGUGUGGUCGAUGAAAUGAAGGAACAACUGAAGUGUGCAGUCGAUGAAAUGAAGGAACAGCUGAAGUGCGUGGUCGAUGAAAUGAAGGAACAGCUGAAGUGUGCAGUCGAUGAAAUGAAGGAACAGCUGAAGUGUGCAGUCGAUGAAAUGAAGGAACAGCUGAAGUGCGUGGUCGAUGAAAUGAAGGAACAGCUGAAGUGCGUGGUCGAUGAAAUGAAGGAACAGCUGAAGUGUGCAGUCGAUGAAAUGAAGGAACAGCUGAAGUGUGCAGUCGAUGAAAUGAAGGAACAGCUGAAGUGCGUGGUCGAUGAAAUGAAGGAACAGUUGAAGUGCGUGGUCGAUGAAAUGAAGGAACAGCUGAAGUGCGUGGUCGAUGAAAUGAAGGAACAACUGAAGUAUGUGGUCGAUGAAAUGAAGGAACAACUGAAGUAUGUGGUCGAUGAAAUGAAGGAACAGCUGAAGUGUGUGGUCGAUGAAAUGAAGGAACAGCUGAAGAGCCCUGACACGAUUCUCGUGGAUGAUUUUAUGCGUGUAGCCGCCCUCGCGACAACCGGGGUUACUGAACUAAAAAUUUUACGGCAGAGAAGAGAGCGCGAAAAGCUGCACGAGGAUCGCUAG